CGGGUCGACGCCUUACGGUAACCAGCUACGUCCACAGGACAACGAUUAAUGACAACGCCUACAACACGUUGAAAGGAUUCUCUAUUUCAUCUGUCAAGUUUGCAAGCCAAAGCUCCAGAAUGUCUCUCGUAACACUUCAAGACAAGGAGGGUCACGGUAUGAAGGUGCUGUCCUCCAACGGGCACCUGUUCCACUCCGUCGCUCUACCUAUCUCGUAUGACGAGCACCUGGAGAACAUCAGUGACCUCGAGGUCAGGCAUGACGACGUCCUGUUCUGUGCUUACCCCAAAUCAGGUACUCACUGGUUGUGGGAGGUCACGAACAUGGUGAUGAACGGACGCGCCGAGUACAGCAAGGACAGGAACGACGUCGGAAUGUUGGACUUCAUCCACCGUGACAACAUCGACAACCUCACUUCUCCACGUAUUCUGAACACCCACUUCCGGCCCUGCCAUCUACCACAGCAGGUAGUUCACAAGAAGCCCAAGGUGAUCCUCGUUGUCCGCCACCCCAAGGACAUCGCCGUCUCCUACUACAACAUGGUGACGGGGAAGAAGGACGCUGCCAACAACACCGUGGACAAACUCAAGCCCCAGGACACCUACGAGGGCAAGUGGAAGCACUUCCUCGACAUGUUCCUCGACGGCAAAGUUCCCUACGGCUCCUGGUUUGACUACAUCGAGUCCUGGGAUACGAUCAUGAGGGAAAACCCAGACCUGCCCGUGCACGUUGUCAAGUUUGAGGAUAUGAAGAAGGACCCCGUUGAGCAGGUGAAGAAACUGGCCACCUUCCUCGGGUCGGACAUUGGUCACCAGACAUGUGAGGAGAUCGCGGACGCCUGCAGCUUCCACAAGCUGAAGAAGGCCUGUCACGGGACCAAGGACAUGUUGUGCGCCAUCAGCUGGAAGGCCGGCGGAGGACUCUUCAGGAAAGGGAGAGCUGGCGAAUGGAAGAACUGGUUCGACGAAACGCAGAAUGACCAGUUUGACAGAGUAUAUAACAAGAAACUAUCUCAACUAUCCUAUCUCAACAGAUACCAGAUGUAAUCUCUUCUUAUCACCUUCUUCAUCGUCAUUACGGAAACGCGCAAUCGUGACCACUCGUGUCAUUCCGGACAAGCCAAAAGGUUACGGAAAUUGGCGUUUGAUGACGGACAAAUGAGAAACGACUGAAGAUUUACCACUAAGAUCUACUGACAAUCGAUCAUUGAUACUGAAAUCAGCAUCAUAAUCCACUGGGAAAAGUGUGAAUAUUCAGUUAUAUCUGAUUCCAAAUUUGGUGAUAUUUUCAAUACUCAUUGACCUCUGAGGCUUCAUGUCUGUUUUGUGUAUGCUGCAGACGGUCAUUCUUGGCACCCAUCGUGAUUAUACUGUGUUCUUACCAGUUAGGGCUUCUUUGGUUUUAAAUUUUCAAAUUGUAACAGAAAAGAGAAAGCGUCUGUGCAUGUUGACAAUGCGCAGGUACCAUGGCGGAAAAUGCCCAUGAUCUUUGUUUUUAGUGUAAAUAUUUCCUUGUUGAUCAUUAUUCUUUUAUAAUUUUGUUUUGUUUGUAAAUAAAACAUGUUUCUCUCUA